UUGCUCUGGCAUUUUUUCUUACAUGUUACACCGUCCACUACUUUCACGUGCUCUGUUUCAUUAUGUGAUAAUAAUUUUUUUCUAACUGAUUUUUUAGGCGAUUGGGAAUCUUGGGUUAUCACCACGGAUGAGAGGAUAAAACACGAUGCGCAAUUCCAGUUUCUAAAACCGGUUAAUGGUUACGUAACAGAUAUGGAUGCAGAUGGGAAGCUGGAUAAAAAGGAAUUUUCCAUUGCUAUGUUCUUGAUAAGGAAAAAGCUUGAGGGCAUGCAGCUACCUCCCACUCUUCCUUCUGGUGUCAAAUCCGAUCCACAACCCGCGUUCAUGUCCUCUGGUCGCAGUCCAUUAUCCUCACUGUCGUUGGAUACAAAUACUCCUAACGAUAAAAGUCACUCCAAUGGUGUACAGAACGUGACUUCAAACAGCGCCACGAUUAACACCAUCUCACCAGUGCUCUCGACAAACACGGCCAAUACAAGCCCUCCGGCCGGCGCGAAUGACGCUUGGUCAAUGUCACCUAGUUCUCGACCAAAAUAUCGCUUAUUGUUCAAUCAGCACGACCGCAACAAGCGCGGGUUCAUUACCGGUGUUGAGGCAAGAGGUAUUUUCAUCAAAUCCGGUCUCUCUCAGCAAAUAUUGGCUCAUAUAUGGAAUCUUGCAGACUUGGACCGUGAUGGAAACCUGAAUUGCGAUGAGUUUUGUAUAGCAGCGUACCUUAUUGAACAAGCCGUGAACGGUACUCCCCCACCGCCAACGCUUCCCCUCAGCCUUUUACCAUCCCCGCAUCAGGCAAGUUCCGCUUUGGCUAGGUCACUUAAUCGUCGUACCGGUCAGACACAAUCAGUUCAACAGCAGAAGACAACCGAAAAUGAGGAUGAGAACAAGGCUUCUUCUCUCAGUUUUGAAGACAAACGCCGAGAAAAUUUCCGCCAGGGUCAAGUGGAACUGGAUCGUCGGAAACAGGAACUCGCCGAAAAGCUACGUCAAGAGGAAGAAGCGCGACUAGAAAAAGAGCGUCAGGAGCGUGAAAGAUUGGAAAAUAUACGUCUGGAGAAAGAACGGCAGGCGGCAAUCGAGGCUGAACGACAGGCGGAACGAAUGCGGGAACUGGAAGCACAACGGGAAGUUCGUCGUCGCCAAGCCGUUGAGGCACGAACAAAGGCAUGGAGGGAGGCCGAAGCGCAGCGUCAAUUGGAAGCGGAGAAACAACGUGUGGAUGCAUUAAAACGAGAGAAAAGUCACGCACAAACCGCACUAGAACAGGCUAUUGCUCAUCGGGCCAGUUUGUUAGAAUCCGCAACGGCUCAGGAGCAGCGUCGUCGUGAGCUGGACGCGCGUCUCAUGGUUGCACAGAACGAGGUAGAUGCGCAUAAGUCUGCCAUCAAUGAGAUGCGUCAGAAACGAGACACAUAUCAGCGGGACAUUCGGGAGCUAACGGAGCAAGUCGAGGCAGCCAAAGCUGAAUUGACGCGUUGGCAAAGAGAACAUGAACAGUUGAGCUUGCGUGUCUCCACUGGGGUCGAUACGAAUCCGACCGCGGAACAGUGCAAAACACUUCAAGCAAAUCGGGAAUUACGACGGAAUGCUGUUAACGGGUUAAAAUCACAACUUCAAGAACUUGAUACAGGUAUGACACACAAGGGGCAGGAGUUAGCCAGUCGCCGUAACCGUGCGGAUGAAUGUGAACGACGCUCGUCCCGAUUGCAGACUGAGUUGACUGAUUUGCGACGCUCUUUGGAAACAAAAGUGCAAGAGUACAAACGAACGAAGGAUCCGAACUUCGAUCCUCGAGGGUCUAUGACCACAAAUUAUACAGCAGAGUUAUUCGAUUGCGGAUUCUGUAUGCCAUCUGCCCCACUAUAUCGUUCUUAG